GCAGCAUUUCACUCCGAGUCGACCAUAGUCUUAUUUCAACUGGAUACAGGUUUAUUUGGAUGAUAUAACAGAGUGGGUUCAAUGUCAGACUAGAUGAUGACAACACACUUCUGACAACAUAUUCCCAGAUAUACAGCCAUCAUUCAAAAAGUCAAACUGACUGAAAAUGGCAUCCGCACGAAACGACUCCGAUGAAGGAACUGAUGUGAGGAUUGUGCUGCUGGGAGGUUGUGGAGCUGGAAAGAGUUCAAUGGGAAACGCAAUACUGGGUGCAGAGGUGUUUAAAGAGAGCAGAACCAGAGAGAGCAAGAUACAGAGAGGAAGAGUAGAAGACAGAAACAUCUCCAUCAUCGACACUCCAGGAUUCUUCAACACUCACCUGACUGCUGAAGAGCUGCAGAAUCAGAUGAUGAAGAGUCUGGACCUCUGUUUUCCUGGACCUCAUGUGUUUCUGCUCAUCAUCAACCUGGAGAACUUCACAGACGACCAGAAGAACAUUGUGAAGAAAAUCCUGGACAACUUCGGUCCUCAAGCCUUGAAGUUCACAAUGGUGCUGUUUAUCGGAAAGGAAAAGUUCUCCAGAAGAUCACUGACACAAAUCAUUGACAGUGAAAAAACACAGAAAUUACUGAACUCCUUUGAGGGGAGAUUUUCUGUGAUAAACAGUAAAAAUGAAUGUACGACCAACCAGAUCACACAGCUCUUGACAAGUAUUGAUGGAAUGAUGGCCAGCAAUGGAGGACAAAUCUACAACAAUGAGAUCUACAUGACAAAUAUGAGAAAACACACAAUGGAGAAACAAGAACAAUUUGAAGUAGAAUUGAAGAUAAUGAAACCAAAGGAGGAGAAGAAAGGAUAUGUGAACAUGAAGAAGAACCAGGAAGAAAGGGAAUCAUUGAGGGUGAAAGUAGAAAACCAAGAGGAGGAAGUGAAAAAUAAAAGAGGAGAAGCUAGUUUAAAAGAUCACAGUGAGAGGAGACAAGAGGAUGUCAGAAAGAAAACACAGUAUCUUGGAGGAAAAUAUACUGGAGUUCAGGAAGAUCUUCAGAAACAGAUGGAAAGUCGGCGAGAGAAAGAAAAACAGAGAUGGGAACUUGCAAGAGAUUUGGCAUCAGGAAAUCUACCAAGACAAGCAGAUUUGCGGAUUAUGAUUCUUGGUAAAACUGAUGUGGGAAAGACUACAACGGCGAACACCAUCUUGGGCAGAGAUGGUCUGACUAGUAUAUUAACCUGUGAGAAACAUGAAGCAGUGGUUUCUGGAAGAAACAUCUCAAUAAUUGACACUCCAGGACUCUUAGAUGCCCCAUGGUAUAACUAUAUGCCAGAUGAACGCAAGCGUGACAUUGAGGAAAGCUUAGAAAUGUCUGCUCCGGGUCCUCAUGUGUUCCUGCUGGUCAUCAAACUCAAUGGAAGGCGCUCUGAGGAGGAGAAAAACACUGUGAAAUGGAUUCAGGAGAACUUUGGAGAAGACGCUGUUCAUCACACUUUAGUUCUGUUCACUUAUGUAGAUUUGCUGAGGGCUGAAUCUCUGGAUCAGUAUAUCAGAAGAAGUCCUGAUCUACAGUCACUGAUUGACAGCUGCAGUGGAAGAUUUCACGCAUUCAACGAUCAGGAUAGAAACAACCAAAAACAGGUCACAGAGCUGCUGGAGAAGAUUGAACAACUGGUGAAGGACAACAGUGAACAACAUUAUGACAGGAAGAAUAGCCAUAAGAUGAAAAACGAGAAUAAUCGAGAGACCCUAGAGAGCCACUUAGAUGAACUGCUUAGAGAAACGGGAAAUCUCUUGGGUCUCAUGAUGGGUCUUCAGCUAAGUGAGGUGGAUAUAAAAGUGUCUCUAGCGAGAGCAAUGGCGGAAAGCAAUCUGUCUAAACAAGACUUGAGGAUUGUGCUUCUGGGUUUAGUGGGAUCAGGAAAGAGUUCAACUGGAAACACCAUCCUGGGCAGAGAUGCGUUUAAUGUCAGUCUCAGGUCAGUCACCAAUAGCUGUGAGAAUCAAGCAGCAGUGGUGUGUGGAAAAACCAUCUCAAUCACAGACACUCCACCCAUCAUUCGAGAGCCUCCCAUGUGGUUUUUUCUACAGCAUAGAAUUGAGAAAAGCUUGGAAAUGUCCGCUCCUGGACCUCAUGUGUUUCUGCUGUUGGUGGAUGUGCAGAGAUUCACAGAGGAGAAGGCGAAAGCAGUGAAAUGGAUUCAAGAGAACGUUGAAAAAGACGCUUUAAAUCACACAAUUGUUCUAUUCACUCACACUGAUCUGCUGAAAUCGCAGGUAACAGAAUCUUUAAAGGUGUAUAUCAGAUUGUACGAUGAGCUGAAAUCUCUGCUUGAAAGCUGUGGUGGCAGAUAUCAAUCAUUCAGCAAUGAGGAAACCACAAACCCAUUUCAGGUCAUACAACUGCUGCAGAAGUGUGAUAAGUUAGUGGAGAAAAAUGGAGGAGGGCUCUACACAAAACAAAACAUCUUUAAAACUGACCAGACAACACACAUAAGACAAAACGAUGAUGAUAAAAGUUGUCAAAUACAAUAA